CUUUGAUUUGGAUUAGCAUUCAUACAUCUAUGAGCUAAUUUCUUAUAAAUUUCGGGAGUUCCUUUUCCAAAUUCUGGUCUGAGUCCAUUACAUAUUUCUAAUGCUAAGCUAUUAUCAUGUUUUCUUUUAUGAAAAGGUGGUUUUCCAGAUGAUAAUUCAGCCAUAACUACACCAAAACUAUAAAUAUCUAAGGAUAAUGUAUAUGGUUCUCCAUUUAAAACUUCUGGAGCAAUAUAUGGCAACACACCAUAUAUUUUAUUAUCUAAUUUUUGUUCAUUUAACGCUCCAGAUAAUCCAAAAUCUGAUAUGUAAGAAUUUGUAUCAAUAUUUAAUAUAUUUCCACUAUGGAAAUCUUUAUGAAA